UGAUCAUGAGGAUGUGUUCUGUGGCCCAGUUGACAAUGGAUGCGGGGUGCACGCGUUUAGUGGGAGGGAUUAUCCACCAAGUAGGGCAAGUGGCUGAGGCUAAGGACUGCAAUUCCAUCCAGCCUCAGUCAUCCGCUCAGUGCACACACGAACGACGAGCCAGGGGCCGACUCUUCGUCCCCGUCCAUACAAAGAACACCUCAUCCGAAAUGGUGAAGUACGUGGGACAACAACCCCAGGACAACGAGCGGAAAAAGCAGGAGCUAGUGUCCGAGCGCGGUGCGUUCACGGACCCGCGGGAUUCGGGAGACGUGUCCGACUGCUCGCUGGGCGACGCGUCGGACGCCAAGUGUUCCGCCAUGGACACGUUCAUGAAGAACGUACAAGUGUUGCUCGACGCCGCGCACUACAUCGAGAGCGUGGAUAAGAACAGCGGAAAAUGCGAGCAUGGUUAUGCUUCGACGUAUCCUGCCAAUGAUCUGGCACUCCCACAGAAACAUCGUAAAUUCAACAAGAACAGGAAAUUGGACAAUAUUCACAAUAGGUCAGCCCACAAUGAACUGGAAAAGAAUAGACGAGCGCAUCUCCGUCUGUGCUUGGAAAGGUUGAAGUCGCUCAUCCCUCUGGGACCAGAGUGCAGUCGGCACACCACGCUGGGACUCCUCAACAAGGCCAAAGUGCACAUCAAGAAACUAGAGGAGGCGGACCGGAGGAGUCAGCACCAGCUGGACACCCUGGAGCGGGAGCAGAGAUACUUGCAGAGGCAGCUGGCCCAGCUCCAGACGCUCGGCGAAAGAGACCGCGUCCGCACGGACAGCCUAGGCUCCCCCACCGACUCGGACCGCUACGAAUCGGACCGAGAGGAGAUCGAAGUGGACGUGGAGUGCACCGACUUCUCCUUAGGAGAAAUGGACAGCGUGAGUAGCGGCGGGGCCAGCGACCUGGACGACCAGAGUAGCCGGCAGAGCUCGGCCAGCGACGAGGGCUACUCUACCUGCAGCCUCAAAGUGGCCUUCUCUGCUUGAGGUCCGCUGCACUGUGCUCCCCCCUUCCCCAAACACCACUCUCUUAUGGCUUUAACCAGGGGUGGGGAACCUACGGCACACGCGGGACAGAACCGAAUUCAGUACAAUUCCCUCGAACACGGUUCACUUUUUGCAGCUUCACAGACAAAAAUAUUGCUUUCCACGUAAAAGCAGAGAUUUUAAAUGUCUUAUUUAGAUGAAAAGCAAACGAGUCCGAGGAUUUUAAUAAUUUUAUGUUAAACAAUGGCUCAAAAUUGUUACCGUAAUCAAAAAUCAAUGAUCACGUUCAUCAACGUUGAUUCAUUUCAACCACUAAAGAACAUGUACAAACUGUUAAAUAAUUGAGGGGAUUGCUUAAGUGCUUUCGCAAUCAAGUUUGCUGCUAUUUUUGCUCGCACCAAGCUUUCGUAAAUCGGGCCCAAGGACUCAAAAUGGUCCCCAACACAAAAAAAGGUUCCCCACCCCUGACUUGAACAAUCACCAGCCUGCAGCUCCACAAACAUGUCCACCUAAGAACCAGCCUUAAGCUUGACUCCAACCUAAACCUGAAUGUCUGUUGUCCCGUGAACAGCCACAAUCAAAAAGAAAGGCACUCAAAGGGUACAAGUCAAACCUUCAACCAAAUCAAUCCUCUUCAAAACCAGCAAAAAAGGCCACAAAUACCAGCUUGACAUUUGCUCCAUUUGCCUUUAAAAAAAAAAAAAAAUCAGCAACUUAAAAACAGGUCGUGACCCUUUUACUUUCACAUUUGCAUUCCAAAGUCUGAUUUUAGUUAACAGAGCCACAAGAUUCAAAUCUACACACAUUAGUUGUUCUAAUUUAUUUUGCAUAGUAUUUAUUAUGUUUGUUAUAUUUAAUUGUGCUGCAGCUUUUUUGGUGGAAAAAUAUCUGAAAAUGACUUGACCUCCCUCCCCUUGAAAUGCAUCAGUGUGAGAACCUGUUCUAUUUAUUUUAACCCCCAUUUAGAAAGUAAUAAGCUAGCCGGUACUUGUCCCGCCGGCAAAAGGUGAAAAAGCAAUAAUGCAUUUUUUUUUUUUUUAUACAUUGCUUUUGUCCGUCCAUAAGCUCUAAUGUCUAAGACUGGUGAUUUUAGCAACAAAAACAAAAAAAGUAAAUGAUUUUCCAAAGCUACAGUGCAUGUGUGUUGAAUGUUAUAAUGGAAAAAAAAAUGUCUGUAGCAUGAACAAAAACACUUAAUUUUUUUUAGUCCACAUUGAAAAAUUGACUGUUAUGUCAUCCAUCAUUGCACUGUUCCAAACCAUCAACUACAAUAACGUCGCCCAUUUCUCUCCCCGCUAGUGACUCCAUCAGCACCAAAUUGUGUCUUAAUGUGAGUGUUUGACUCUUGCACAAGUCCCUGCUCACCCAACCCACCCAACGUGUUUGGGGAAAUGUAGAAAAUGCACUAUAAAAUUAAUAAUUGUGCUUGGGGGAAGCACAGCCCUGAUGUUUUCUAGUGCUUGAUUAGGAAUUUAAUGUUUUUUUUUUGCAAAAUAUGCUGCUGGUGCCCUGCUGAUACUUUGUUACGGUUCCUGACGACGCUCCCUGGAAUCCUAAUAAAUUUCUUCCACCAA